AUUGCACCCGAUUGCCACUCGUAUAUCGUACCAUGCCGACUCUCAACAUGUAAUGUAACUUGUAAAACCCUAUUAAUUUCGUUUUCUUUUAUUCUCCUCUAGUGUUGAACAACAGAGUUAAACCCUUUCCUCUUUGCAAUCCAAUCCCUCUCUCCAUGUCAUCCAACAAUCCUUCGCAGCUCCUUCCGUCAGAGCUGAUCGAUCGUUGCAUAGGGUCGAAAAUCUGGGUCAUAAUGAAAGGAGACAAAGAGUUGGUUGGUACCCUAAGAGGAUUUGAUGUCUAUGUAAACAUGGUGUUAGAAGAUGUCACAGAGUAUGAGAUCACCUCGGAAGGGAGGCGAAUAACAAAGCUUGAUCAAAUAUUGCUCAAUGGAAACAACAUAGCGAUUCUGGUUCCUGGUGGCUCACCUGAUCCAGAAUAAGGUGCUCAAUUCCAGUUUGUAUUAUUUUGCUCUCUCUUGAAAACGAGAGUGGUUGUCAAAAAGGCACAUCUUAACCAGUUAUUUAUCGCAUUAUUAUGUGUAUGUCAUGGGGAAACAACUUAGUAAGGUCGGUUGAACAACUAUUUCUCUACGAAUCUGCAGCUAGUUGGAAGUUAACUAUGGUCGACUAGAAGAAAGUGUUGUUUAAUUGAUCCUCAUACUAUUGCACUUUCUACAUGUAACAUGUUUUACAUGUAACUAAAAAGAUGUUCAUGGUAGUUAGUGAUCUUUUAUUAUUGGUGCUCU